AAAGGUUAUAUCACCCACAGUCCCUUAAAUUCCAGCCAAGCUUUCCGAGGUGUUCGGGCCCAGGCGAGCGACAGCAGUGGCACAGGGAGCAGACAUGGAGCCAGACAGGCCGACGUGGAGCAGGCAGAUAGAGUUCACCCUGGCUGGCAUCGGCUGUGCUGUGGGUCUGGGCAACGUAUGGAGGUUCCCUUAUCUCUGCUACAGGAGCGGAGGAGGUGCCUUUCUGGUGCCGUAUCUGCUCAUGCUGGUGGUGUUGGGGAUCCCUCUGCUCUACAUGGAGCUGAUUGUGGGGCAGUACACGAGACGAGGGCCUGUCCAUGCUCUGGCUACUGUCUGCCCACUGUUAAAAGGAGUGGGCAUGGCAACAGUGGCUAUCUCCUUCAUCAUGUGCACCUACUACAAUGUUGUCAUCACGUGGGCCCUCUAUUACCUCUUCAGCUCCUUCCAGGCACCGCUCCCCUGGCAGAACUGCAACAACACGUGGAACACCCCCAACUGUACCAAUCACGCCACCAACAGCAGCUACUCCUCCACAGCCAGCCAGGAGUUCUUCCAAUAUAAGAUGCUGGAGCAGACUAGUGGAGUAGAUGAAACAGGAGUGGUCCGGUGGGAGCUUUUACUCCUUCUCUUUCUGGCUUGGAUCCUCAUUUACUUUUGCAUUUUUAAGGGGGUGAAAUCAACAGGCAAGGUGGUGUACUUUACGGCUCUAUUCCCGUAUGUUAUCCUGAUUGCACUGCUGAUCAAUAAUGCGCAGCUUCCUGGAGCAUUAGAUGGAAUAACCUUCUUCAUUGUGCCGGAAUGGGGCAAGCUGCUCUCAGUGGAGGUGUGGGUGAAUGCAGCAGCUCAGAUCUUUAACUCCAUCGGGAUUGGUUUCGGCUCCCUCAUGGCCAUGUCCAGCUACAACUCCUUUAACAACAACGUUUUGAAGGACACCCUGACUAUAGCCAUCCUCAAUUCCCUCACCAGCAUCCUGGCAGGCUUUGUCAUUUUCUCUGCUUUUGGAUACAUGUCUUACCUGCAGGGCGUCCCUGUCACAGAUCUGGCCGUGGAUGGUCCAGGACUUGUUUUUGUUCUUUACCCACAAGCCUUUGCCAACAUGCCGGUGGCCCAGCUCUGGGCUGUGAUGUUCUUCUUCAUGCUGCUUUGCCUUGGACUGGACAGUGAGUUUGCAAUGGUUGAAGUGAUGGUGACCAGUCUCAUGGAUGAGUUCUAUCAACAUCUGAUUAAAAUUUUCAAGCGGAAGGAGCUGUUUGUUCUUGCAGUUUGUUUUGCAGCUUGCCUUCUAGGAAUUCCUUGCAUCCUGCAGGUGGGUAUCUAUGUGUUCCAGCUCAUGGACCAUUACACUGCCAUAGUGUCCAUCAUGUUUCUGGCAGUCUUUGAGGUUAUAGCCAUCUGUUGGUGUUAUGGUGUAAAUCGACUUUCAGACAACCUAGAGGAGAUGACCGGAAAAAGAGCAAACAUCUUCUUCAGAGUGUGUUGGCUAGUAGUUGCUCCGGUGCUGAUCACUGUCAUCCUGAUUUUCUCCAUCAUCCAGUUCAAACCAGCCCGCUAUGGGGACUAUGUCUUCCCUCCAUGGGCUCAGGGGGUCGGCUGGGUCAUUGCCAUGGGCUCCAUCAUAUGGAUUCCUUUGGGUGCCGUUCACACAUUAUGGGUGCUACCUGGCUCAUUCAUGCAGAAACUGAAGCUGUCGGUCACACCACGCACCCCGGAUGGAAUGUCAAAGAUGCCGUAUUACGAGAGGGGGGGAGCAGACGCAUACCCCGGCAUAGCUGUCAUCAGCUCCAAACUCCAUCUACCCGAAAAACCUCCUAUUCAGACAAACCUGUGAUAUCACCAAGAGUGGCAGCUCAAGUUAUUCACAAAUUACAUUUGUUUUAAAUCUUCAACAAACUUCUGGCAAGUCGAACAGAAGUAUACUACAAAAAUUAUCGCAUGAUUGUGAAAGUGUCUCUGCAUAUCUGCCAUGCAGAUCAAUUUAAAAGGCCAUUUUUGUGAGCCUACUAAUUCAAUUUUGUCAAAUUCUUACAGUUAUGUGGAAUUUUAAUGUGACAAGAUGUUGUGGAAAGACAGCGUUUGGAAUCUGUUAUGGUUGUGUACAUCUGAAAUAUCCAGACCAACACUUCCUCUGUUGUGCCAGAAACAACAAAGGAGUGGCACUCAGGACGUCACACACAUUUCCUGCCCCUAAUUUGUGGAUUUUACUUUGCUAAGGGUGCCAUCUUUUGGCCAUGUCUGUUGAUGCAACUAUAAGUGUUGAGAAAUCUCCGGUCAGGUACUGUACUCCGAUUAUUACAUACAUCUAAGCCAAUAAAAUGACAAAGUAAUGCCACAAUUGAACAUUUACAGUUCAUACAGCUGAACUUUUGUGCUGAACAACUUCCCUUUGAAGUAUAAACCACUGUGGACUAAUUCAUUGUGGUUAGCUCAUUUAUUAGGUCAAAUGGAACAAGGCCCUGCUGAUAAAAAUGAUAUAUGCUGGUGGUAAACUGAGGAGUACAUGGGUCAUCCCAUUCUAUGUCAUGUAAUGUGUAAUAAAAACCUGUCACAAAGUCCA